UUCUUUCAGUAAAACGACACCUAGCAACCCUACUACGGAGCCAAGGGUGUUCUGUCAGUUCAUUUGUCUCGGCUCUCAAAUCUUCUACUGUGCUUUUUGAUCUAGGCUUCGUAUUUUGUACCAUGGAAAACUCUGUGAUUGACAACAAGGAUGGUGGUGUUAAUGACGAUGGUGUUCAAGUCACAUGCUUUACAGAGGUUUCUGAUGAUGUUACUCUCCAUUUUCAGAUCAUACGACUUCACAAACAGAUAUAUGCUUGGAUUGGUUCCAACUCUGCCAAGUUAGGACACAUGUAUGCAGCAGCGUCCACAAGACCUAACAAUACAGUGAGUGUGACUUCUAUACUAGGAGGAGCUUCUGAUAAUACAGGAUCUGGCAUUGCUCGCCGAUUAGCGUUGAGGACUGGUGUCAAUAUAAUUCUGGCUUGCAAUAUUCCUAAAAAUAACCCGAUGCUAGAGGCAGAGGCUGAGAAAAAGCUGGUACAGAAGCUAAUCAAUUUGGGGUACACUAGGCCAAAAUCUGAAGGUUCAACCUCAUAAGAGAUGCCCAAGGACUAACAUGCUGUACAAUUUUCAAAUGCCUCUCCCUUUAAAGUAGAUUUGUUGGCAUUGUGAUGAACAUGACAUUUCUCUCUCAUUUUCGAGGGUAAUAUUUGCGCGGUAAAAAAAUAGAUAAACAUGUUCUAUUGAAAUGGACAAAAAUAGAUAAACCUUCGGAUAGAA